AUGUUGUUGCCGAGGACGUGCAUCCUGUUGCUUCUGGUUGGUUUGGCGAACUGCGAGAAACACGUGGAGGAAGAUGCUUCGGCGGUGUUUCUGGAGGCGGCGAAAAGCUUCUUCGCGAACAAGGACAGUAUGAACGGACUUCAGGGCUUGGCCAGCGCGUUCGUGCAGCCUGACACGGGGAAACAGGGGAACGAUAUGUUCGGAGGGAAAACGAACGUGGACGGGAUUGGACAGAUCAUCUCGGGCAUCGGAGCUUUGUUCGAGGGCAAUGAGAACCGCCAGGGAAUGGACUAUUCGAUAAUCGGAUCGGUUCUGGACAGCAUGGUGAACACGAACAAGGACAGUCAGAACCGAGUCGCCAGGGACGUCGAGAAACAGGAAGAGUCCAGCCUGGACUUUGAGGGUCUGCUGAAUAUAGGAAGCAUGCUGUUCGGCCAAAACUCCGGGAACAGCGACUUCAUGAUGGGCCUGUUGCCGAUGCUGCUGCAGAAUCUUGGCAACGGGGCUAAUGAGGUCGACGGUCACCCCAGAAAACCGCAUGAUCAUUCCGGACACUCUUGGUACAUGCCACCUGUCCUGGAGCAUCUGCACGUGAUGUGGGAUCACUUCAGUAACUCGGAACUGGGCCAGACAUUGUGGAAGAACAGCGGUCUCGCGCAAUUCGUCGGCCAGAUGUCCGACCCGAAUGGACGUUUACAGUACGAGAAAAUGCUGGACAGCUUCGAGAACCCGUCCCUACGUCGACGAUGGAUCCGAGCGUUGACGAACUACGUCGGCGAGUGGAUCUCCCAUGUGUCCGAUCCGCAGAUCCAGCAGCGUUACUUGAACACAGCCCAGUUUGUAGGGAACAGUUUCCUAAAGUCGCAGGGCUUCCCGAAGUCGGCCAUGUUCGACGCGAUGAGACCGGUGGAGAGCCUUUCCAGGUUGGUCGACGCGGUUGCGAAGAGACACGUGGGAAUGCAGGUCGACAGUUCACAGUACAUCAGACCAGCGGUGGCGUACAUCCAGGAGCUAAUCGCCUUGGCGUCGGAGAAGGGAUUCAUAAUGUCCCGAGUGAACGCCAGGGAGAUCAGCAAUCGACUAAGCGACGUGAUCAACCACGAUAUCGUCGAUCCCAUGCUUAAGUCUUAUCGAGCGUACAAAUGGUCGAUCAAGAGGCCGCAAUGCGCCAGCCAGAUCCUAUGCACCAUAAACGAGAUGAACGAACAGGAUAAGGAACAGUCGCCUUUGAGAAGUGGUAUAUUGAAGGCGACAAGCUACCCAGCCGCUUGGGCUGUUAGCAACAAGCUGGGAACCAGUUUCUGGACCCUCUACGGGGCUAUCACCGAGCACAGCAGAUGCAUCCAAAAAUAUCCGGCCGCGUGCACGGAGUUCCACGAGGAGGAAAUCCGAGUCACCACGGAGAGCACUCACAGUGAACUUUGAUCUCUAAAUAAGUGCGCAUGUGAGAGAGAAAGAGAGAGACAUUCGGUUUCGUCGAAGUCAAAAGUACGGGGAAGGAAUAGGAAUGGUAGCGUUUCGCGAUCAACGGCAACGUUUAUCGGUUAUAAAAUACUUAUUGCUCGUCGCGGGAAUGUAUCGUGAUAAGAACGUUAACUGAUCUAUCUUAUUAGGAGGCUCGAUUCGCGACGAAAAAUCGACGAAUCGGAGGGUACGUCGCGUCUCAAUACCCUUCGUUUCUUCGUUGUGUAAAUACGAAAAAUGUGUCGUGGGUGUAGCCGAAUAACUAGGCGUUCAAUUCUCUCGGAACAAUUUAUUUUUCUCUCUUUAUCCUCCGCCUCGUUAAUUUAUUUUCUCUAAAGAUGUCUAUAAAAGUUCUAUUCCGACGAGAACAGAACGUGUCCGAGGAGGCACGUUUCUUUCUUGUCGUCGACGCCCACAGAGAGACAGACCACGUUCUUCAGGGGCCACGGAAGGUCCGACGGCCGGUUUAAUCGCGCUCGCGCGCGUACACCAUCGAAUUCGUUAACAGCACAAUCUGUCAACCAACAGCUCCUGUAAAUAUUAGAUAAAAGCCAAAUAAAACGUAUGACGGAUGUACAGGAAUACAUCGGCGAACGGGUCACGUCCUGAUUCUGCAGCGUUCACCGU